UGGUGGAAUGCAAUAUCAGUUGUAUUCAUCAGCCAAUCACCCUUAGUUCACACUAAUUGGAGAUCAGCUGACGAGGGCUUGUUGGCAAGAUCUCCCGUGAUGACGACGCAAGUUGCGCUGGCACCAAGCAUGGGAUCACAACAUCUUCCAUCGUCGUCAUCUGCAUCUAACCCUACUCUGGCGACUCGUUUAAUGAGCUCGAACAGUCCAAGCGGCGCUUGGCGGGCGAGGCUGGCGAAGGAAGCGCGCCUGAACAUCCAGUACAAGAUCAUGAAUGUCCUGCGUCAGAUGAAGCCCAACGCCCCCGACGUCGUGAUCGCCAAGCUUCCCGGCAUGUCCAUCCGGCUUGAAGAGUGUUUGUUGCUUAUGGCGCGGACGGAGGACGAGUUUCUGAACGAAUCGACCCUCCACCAUCGCAUCAUCGACCUGCAGCACAAGUCAGAGUCGAGGCUACUCAAGCGGUCGAGUCCAUCCGGCCCUUCCGCUACCCAUGGCCUGAACGACGAACUAAGGAGGAGAUUGUUCGUCUACCUCCAAGCAUGGCGCAACAAGACUGUGCAGGAAGAGGGCGUCGGGCCAUGGGACAUCCUGUCGACGCAAGUCCUUGCCCAAAUUGCCAACUUGGCGCCAAUAAACCUGCAGGAACUGGAUCAGACGUGCGGUAUGGGUCCGAGGUGGAUUGCCGAGUACGGAAUGUCCCUCAUGCGGCACAUUGAUCACUGCCUCAAGUUCCUAAAGCUUGGAAGCAUCCACCAGACGACAGAUACUAAGCGCCACAAACCGUCCAAGUCGCCGACAUCGCCUUCAAAGGCCACGAAUCGAAUGACACCCAUCGCGCCCGCCAAGCCGCUUCAAAAACCUCCCACUGUCCGUGCGUCCUACGUCGUUCCGCAGCCCGCGUUUGUGCCGUCUGGAUAUACGUCGAGCUCGUCUCCACUAUUCGACCCCGAACAACCCAUGCAUCAUGGGUUGACCACAUUCCUUCGUGGACAGCAUGCGGUUGCUGCAACGGCACCACUUCUUCCACGACUCAGCGAGUCCGUCAUGUCCCCUUCGAUCGAAGCCUACGAAGAAGAACUGGCUCGGCUUCGAAUGGCCCUGCAUCAAUCGCAGCAGGACAAUGCACAGCUGCAGGCCGAAGUCCACUUCCUUCGUCAACAAGUCCAUCAGCAGCAAGCCGCCGACGCUGCCAUCGCCGCCUGCGAAGCGCUCGUGGCGUGCCAGACGGCCAGUGUCAAGCCCCCCAAGAAGAAAGGCCCUACGGCGAAUUAUCGAAAAUGAGAAAUGUCGACAAUAUUUGGCUUCACUUGCACACACUAUGUAAUUAAAUAAAAUAUUCUAAAACUUCGC